AUGACUGAUCCUGUGCGAAAUGAGAUCCUGAAUGUGCACAACAAAUUCAGAUCAGCUGUUGCCACUGGACACGCUGCUGAUAAGAAUGGUGGAUUUGCGCCCACGGCAGCAAGAAUGUACAAACUGGUACAUACAGAGUUCAAACAUUCAGAUCGUGGAACGAGACAAAAUGCUAGUGAGAACAUUUUUAUGGCAAGCCCACCUGGCGACAAGGUUUUGAUGGCUAGAAGAGUAAGUUCUGCUGUGGGAAUGGGAGGUUAUGAGAUGCGGAAACUAACGACAUUUGUUCUUUCUAGGCAGCUUUCGCAUGGGCUGCAGAACUACCAGCAUGGUGUUGGUAAAGAAAACAUGUUCACAAUGACUCUAGCAAACCGACCCGGACAAACUGUGGGACAUUACGCUCAGGUAAAAUAG